AUGUCACACGAAGAAGAAAAGCAUCCUCCUCAUAUUCGGGACCUGGACAUCAGUGAAGAGAGGGUAAAAGAACUUUGCAAGGAGAUGAACGAUUUGAACAGAAGGAUGAGAGAAAUUGGAAGAAAGCUCAACCAACUGAGAAAGCAAGCCACCCUCUGCGACCCCGUGACGCGCGAUGCCCUCUCCCUGGCCUUCCAGGGACAGACAUACUUCGCAUACACUCCCGACCAGCCGGAGCCGUCAGGUGGGACGCCCAGCGAGUCUCAUGCUCCUCCAUCCGUGGAGCCCGUGGCCGCAGUUCGCGAAGGAGGAUUACCCGGGUUUUCCGAGAGGUGCGCAGAGGAAGGAAAUCUGCUCUGGACCGACAAGGAUCCCGGAUUGGCUGAACGGAGGUCUUCCCAGCCGGACGAGCAGCACGCCGGCAGUUCCCUCCGGCCCUUCGACGUGGACCUUACCAAGCCGCCGCCAAGCCGAGAUCCCAGUCACCCGGACGCCGUCGGUGGAAGGUACAGCGUCCCUCCUCCGCUUCCUCCUCCCAACCCCUGCCCUCGGGACUCGGUUUCGCUUCCUUUUCCGCCGCCACCGCCUCCUCCCCCUCCAGGAUGGAACGCCGAAAUCUCCGCCUUUGCGCUCCAGAUGGCCAUUCCCCCCGAGGUCGAUCUGACGAAGCCUCCUCCCAGGUGGGUCCCGCGUGGGACGACCGCCGCGUGCCCAGCUGAGAAUCCGGUGGGCGAAGGCCUCGGCGCAGGAGACGAGAGUCCGAAAUAA